AUGAGUGAAACGGGAAGUCUUUGCAUCAACUCCAAAGGGAAGUGUCACAAUGUCCCAAUUGUUGGCGCCAUCUCAUUCACUUUUCCAACCAACGGCUCCGCAGUCACUGGCUCUCUGAUCUAUGUCCCUUCCAACCAGAGCAUCUCAUCUGUAGAUGUUCGGGGAAAGGUUGUCCUAAGAGACUUUCUCACUUUGCCGGUUCCAUAUCUCUAUCUGUUGAACGAUUCACAUUAUGUCACGCCAGAUCUCGCCACCCCAAUCAAUAGUACCUAUGAAAGGCCCUAUCUUUCCACACCAGCCGAUGACCUCAUUGCCGCUGGACAAGGCGGAGCAAAUGGAUUAAUUUCCACGUUUGACAUCCCUCGCAAGACCCUGGAAGGCUACUACGACCCCCAUUUCGGACAGCAUUACCUCAUUCCGGGCGUAUAUCUUGGCUCCGAACAGUACUACAUACUCCGAAACGCAUGUCAAUCCGGCCACACAGCUUCCAUGAAUAUUUCCGCAAACACAAGUCUCAAAUACACCCGCGAGAUUUUUGCGAAGCUUCCCGGUCGGUCCAACGAAACAAUGAUCAUUGGUUUGCAUACGGACGGCGGAACGUGGGUUCAGGAUAACGGCGUUGCAGGGCUACUUGCGCUGGCAAAGUAUUUUGCAUCUCAACCGAUGUCAUCACCUGCCCGAGCAAAGACACUCAAGUUUGCCUUUAUGUCGGGAUAUCUAACGUACAGCAGGGAUGGAGCAAUCCCGUUCUCAAAGAAACUCGACCAAGAAUACGAAAAUGGGAAUCUUGCACUAGUCAUUAUUCUCGAGCACAUGGGAGACCGGGAACUGAUGUCAUAUCCUGCACCCAAGGGUCAAUACGGCUGUGUAUUGAACUUCACCGGCAACAGCGAAGCAACUCUCUGGAUCAACGCUGUCAACGCUGCCGUCAAAGGGCGCAUGCUGGACGGCAUAGCGGUAACUCCGGGCAACCCCCCGAAGAACACUUCGCAGAUUCCUUUCUACACCUCCCAGGAUGGUAUCGGGACGACAUACCAUAACUACCUGAUCCUGACGACGUCUAUUGUUUACGGGCUGUGGAGUCUGUGGGCACCUUCUUUUGGUGAGGCGGCCAUUGAUUUCGCCCGACUGCGUGAUCAGUUGCUGGCUGUUGCUGAUGUGGUGGUUGGUCUUGCACCUGCUUCGAAGGAUGAGAUUGCUGGGGGAUACAUCGAAUAUCGUGAGAUGCGUGCGAAUGGUUUCCCCUGGAAGGAGCCUAAUUGGAACUCACAAUACCUGCCUGGACCUCGGGCAUGA